AUGGAUGAGACUCUACUCGAGAGGGUUGAUUCGCUCGAAAAAUCUAUGGAUUUUUUCAACAAUCAGUUUGAACUGAUCAAGAAGAAAGUCACAACGCUCGAAAGAGAGAACGAGGCAUUAAGAGUCGAAAAUAACGUCCUGAACUCACGUAUAUCUACAAUCACCGAUAAGUUAAGAGACCAAGAGGCUAUACUUGACGAACAGGAGCAAUACAUGAGGAGGGAGUGUUUGGAAUUUAAAGGGAUUCCUAGUCGGGAAGACGAGAAUACUAAUGAUCUUGUUAUUCAAGUCGCUCACCUCGCUGGAGUCGAACUGGAUGAGGAUGAUAUCUCUAUUAGUCAUCGUCUCCCUGCGGCAAAUAAUAGAGAAUGGUCUGAUUAUGAAGGCAACGUCCAUCCCCCAUCGCCCCCUACUAUCAUUGCAAAGUUUGUGAGGAGAGAUAUCAAAGAUGAAAUCUACAAGGCUCGUUUUAGUUUGAAGGACAAAACCACCCAGGACCUAGAAGAUUUCAAUUGCACGGAUCACAGGAAUCAUAUAUACAUCGCGGAAAGUUUAACCCAGGCCAGGAAAAAAUUGUUUAAAGCAUGCCUAAAAGCGAAGAAGGAUCUGAAGUUCGCCUAUGCUGGGACUGCAAAUGGAAAAGUUUAUCUUAAAAAGGAUAAGAAGAGUCGGGCAGUAUACAUCAACUCGCCUACCGACAUAGCUAAGCUAAGAAGGUCUCAUGCUAUCCAGCCACCAAUAGCUGAUGUAUCUAGAAGUUCAAGGCCAAUUGACCAAGCUUCAUCGUGA